GGGGCAGGCGGGGAGCUUCCACAGCAGCUAGGCCUCUCACUGGAGUGCUGCACUUUGGCAGGGGACACACUAGCACAUAGUUCACACACGGGCCUGAGGUGAUUCCCAGCUACAGCAGCAGUGCCAUGUCUGAGGUGGUGAUGCCUGAUGCCAUGGUGUCCCCAGCAGUGGGAGUCCCGUACGUGGAGAAUCCCGGGGGCCCCGUGGGGGACUUCAGCUACGUAGGCAUUGAUGCCAUUCUGGAGCAGAUGAGGAGGAAGGCCAUGAAGCAGGGCUUUGAGCUCAACAUUAUGGUUGUGGGACAGAGUGGCCUGGGAAAGUCCACUCUGAUGAACACGCUGUUCAAGUCUAAAGUCAGCCGUAAGUCAGUGCAGGCUACCGGCCAGGAGAAGAUCCCCAAAACAAUCGAAAUAAAGUCCAUCAGUCAUGACAUUGAGGAGAAGGGAGUGAGAAUGAAGCUGACAGUCAUCGACACACCGGGCUUUGGAGACCAGAUCAACAAUGAGAACUGCUGGCGGCCCAUCAUGAAGUUCAUUAAUGACCAGUACGAGGCGUACCUGCAGGAAGAGAUCAACAUCAACAGGAAGAAAAGGAUUCCAGACUCCAGAGUCCACUGCUGCAUUUAUUUUAUUCCCCCGACGGGACACUGUCUGCGACCUCUGGAUGUAGAAUUCAUGAGACGUCUCAGUAAGGUGGUCAACAUCGUCCCGGUCAUCGCUAAGGCAGAUACACUCACCCUGGAGGAGAGGGACUUCUUCAAAAAGAAGAUCAGGGAAGAGCUGCGAGCCAACGGGAUUGACGUGUACCCUCAGAAAGAAUUUGACGAAGACGCCGAGGACAGAAUGAUCAACGAGAAGAUCAGGGAGAUGAUCCCCUUUGCUGUGGUGGGCAGCGACCAGGAGUACCAGGUCAACGGCCGGAGGCUGCUGGGGAGGAAGACCAAGUGGGGAACUAUUGAAGUUGAGAACAUAGCCCACUGCGAGUUUGCCUAUUUACGGGAUCUCCUCAUCAGGAGCCAUAUGCAGAACAUUAAGGACAUCACCAGCAGCAUCCACUAUGAAAUGUAUCGUGUGAGGCGCCUCAACGAGAACAACACGGUGGUGGCUCACGCUAACGGUGUCCCUGAACAUCAUCUCGCCGCCCACGAGAUGUAGACCCCACCCGCUCCACUGCAGCUAAUCCACUGAGUGUGAGUCAUUUACAAUGGGACUUUGACCUUCACUGACAGUCUACCCACCACACCAGCCUUCCACUCCAUCCAUCUCCUUCUCACAGGUGGGAUAGAAACUUAAAAAGCCUGCCAGAGGGACUUUAUUUUCAAUGACUUCCUGCGGCUGAAUGGACUGUUCAGUUUUUUUGCCUCAUUAACAUAUUGCUGACUAAGAGAGUGAAGAGAAGUUUGAUUCUCCGUAAUAUGCUGCAGCUUGAUUUGACCUGCUUCCAGAUUUUACAGUUACCCUCUGGCUAUUCCUUGUGGUGCCAAACAUUAAGACAAAACAAAACGGACCGAAACUUUUUAUCUUUCAGUGACAGAAAUGCCUUAACCAGUAACAUGUUUAUCUUCUCCACUUGUACUUUUAAGUUAGAUUUUAAGAAUUCAUGCCGUACCAGAACACAGUUUUUCUGUCUCUAUGCAAACAGCUGUAUCAACAUAUGUGGGAAGUGAUGAUUUAAUUAUUGCACUUGAUCACUACAUAGCCUGUUGUUUUACAGCAUGUUGGCAGGGGGCCGGGAAGCGCUCUGCCAACAUGUGAUGCACACACUCAUACACACACACACUCAUACCAGCCUGUCUUUGUGAGGAAGGGUCUGUCUGCUCUGUCCCUAAACAAAAAAAAGGUUAUCAAAUAGCAUAUCAUAUGUUUGUAUCUUUUUUCUGUCACACGCUUUGUUUUGCUAUAACAAUUUGUUAAAUGUUCAUGUUAAAUAUGGAUGUCAGGUCCUAGACAUAUUUUUAAAUUCCCAGAUAUAAAUGUCAUUGUUUUUUAAUACAAAUAUCUUAAGAGUGAUUUAAGAUGAAUAAGUAUUUAUGCACGAUAUAAAAUGUGAAUGUUUGCCAUCAGAUUAUUCACACACACAUGCGCCGACACAUACACGCUCUCUCACACACUAUCCCUGCUUUCGGGCCCAUCGUAGUGCCUUAUUUAUUGGAGAAUGUUUGCUAGCAUGUUGGCUAAAACUGGAAAGAGAGCAGGUUUGUUGGUGCCAAGUCGACUACAUUUUAGCCAUUUUUCAAUAUGUUUCCCUUUUUUGUCUGCGGGAAAAGAUCCAGUCUUCCAUUGACAAGUCCUUUUUUCCUCUAUUUCUCAUAAUA